GGUGCGCUGCUAAAUCGAACCGCGUGACGCCGGUCGCGGCAGCGUGGGAAGAACAGGUUGAAAGCAGCAGCGCGCAGGAGCAGCGGAAGUUCACGGAGCCAAAUACAUGUCCGGGAGAAGGGUCUUUUCUAUCCGCAGACGUGCUCAACAUCCGGCGUCUAUUCAUUCUGCGAAGGAUCAUAACCUGGCCACUGAUAUUUUGGUGACUUUAAUUGACUUUUGACCUGGAUUCAGUGAUGGGACGAAAACUGGACCUUUCACAACUGACUGAUGGUGAGGCAGAACAUGUGCUCAAGGUGGUACAGAGAGAUAUGAAACUGCGCAAGACAGAAGAGGAUCGCCUCAGUGAUUUGAAGCACGAGCUAGAGGAGGAGGGUGCACGCUGUCUGCUGCUGGCCAAGCAGCGCGACUUUAAUGAGCAGUGCUGCAUUCGCUGCUGUGGGCCAUUCAGCUUCUUUCUUAAGCCGCGCCGCAUUUGCCUCGACUGCCGCUACAACGUCUGUAAAGCCUGCUGCUCCUAUAUCCAACAUGAGAAUGGCUAUGUCUGUGCCAUUUGCCACAAGAGCAGGCUCCUGAGGGCCCGGUCUUUGGAGUGGUAUUAUAACAAUGUCAAGAGUCGCUUUAAGAGGUUUGGCAGUGCUAAAGUCCUCAAGACGCUCUACAGGAAGCACAUUAUUGAGAGAGGAGUAUUGUCAGAGUUGCCAGAGGUGAGUGCCCAUGAAGCCAGCAAUGAUAACGACGGCAGUCUGUGUGGCAGUGACUCAGCAUUUUCCAAGCAAAGUGAAAGUCACAGCAUAGGAGAGACUCUCACAGUUGCCCUACGUGUUGCUGAAGAGGCCAUAGAGGAAGCAAUCACUAAAGCAGAGGGUUACAGGGACAGUCUGGAGAAGCAGAAUGAGGCACGAUAUCUGCGUGAUCAUAGAGAGGAGCUUGUAGAGGAACUUGCCACCACAAUUGUUCAAAAAAUUAUACAGCGAGGUAAGCAGUGUUCAGAGAUGCAGACAGAGUACGAGUUUGUUUGGUCUCAGACUCACAACAGUGAUCUACCCUCCCCUACCUCAGCAGCAAGCACACACAACACUUCUCUGCCCAGCACUGUCUUACAGGCCUGUCACAAAAGCUCCUUGAGAUCCCUAUCAGCGCUGUCCCUGACUAGUGAUGAUUCCCCAGACAAGGUGUCUGAAGCUACAGAAGGGCCAAAUAUGGAGAUUUAUUCAGCUUUGCGCAGAGAGUCAAGAGCAUCCAUUUUGGGCUGGAAAAAUGUGGACCGUCUGGACAACUCCAGUGCUUCCUCUGUUCUUCAGUCUCCAGAUGGAAACUGGAUCGCCUUACAGACCUCUCAGCAUUCCCGGCCGAGUUUGCUAACCAAACGGAAGAGCUUGGUAUUCAGUGUGCUAGAGAAGGAAUCUGGGGUGGUUUCAGCAUAUGACGAGAUGGGAUCAGAUACAGAGGAGGAAGCAGAACAUGAUAGCUGGGGGCUUGCACUCCUGCAGUUUCGCCAACGUCUGUCAGAAGAAACGCGAUCAUCAGAUUCUCAGCGAGACACAGAGCAUUAUCCACCUUUAACCUCACCCUCCUCGGGUCACUUCACCAACACAGAGACUCUAAAUUCAGAUUCUGAAAACUCUACAGCUCCCCCUACUCACACAAACAAACUAGUUCAAAAUGUCACCCAGAGAAACAAGGUUUCACCUGAACCCUACCUGCCCUAUGAGCACUAUGGGCCUUCUGUUAGGCUGUCGCACUCACCAAGGCUUGGCACUCUGGAUGUUAAUUUUAACCCUCAGGUGGUUGGAGACAGCAGUGAGGGGGAAGAACAAGCCGAGCAGAUACGAAGGUUGCGACGUAGAAAAAGGAACAAACGCGAAUCAGCAGAGCAGAGUCGUGUGCAAAAUUCACUGUGCACAGGGGAGAAUGGGACUCUUCUGCCCAACACCUUCCUGAUGAAAGGACAGGAUCAUCAGGAGACUCAGUCACCUCUUCCACCUCCCAUUUAUCAAUCUACAGACACUGUGACCCCACCCAACCAUGUGACCUCCACUGCCAUGACCUCUGAAUUUGUGUACCAGAACGCAGUAGCCUCCAACCCUGUGCUCCCUGGUCAACUGACAGACCAAUCAAAAAACGAGAGUUUGGCCCAUGAUUCAAGGUCGCAACUAUCUAAAACACUUGUCCCAAUCUGUAAGGAGGAACUGAGCUCUUCAGAUGAUGAGCCAAUCCGAAAAGUCAUCGAUAGGCGAGGCAAUGGAGAGAGGGAGGAAGAAAGUUAUAGGGUGAGACAGAGAGAGAAAACAAAUGAGACGCAGAAAGAGAGUCCUUACAAAAUAGACAUGGAAUGGAAUAAAAUGAAAAUGGAAAGACUGGGUGAAAGAUGGAUAGAAAGGCAGAUUAAAAGUAAGUGUGAGAAAAGUGAUGUGGUGAGGCAGAGAGAGAGGGACCAGAAAAGAAAAGAAAAUGCUGAAGUGGAAAAACAUCAAGGCUGGGACAGACAAGAAAAGACGGAGACAAAAAGGCAUGUUGAAAGGAGUUGGCAAGUCAGACAACUGGAUAAUGAAUGUAAGACAGAAAAAGAAGCAGAAAAUAUAAAGUCAAUAGAAAAAGAGGCACCCAUGGACACUCGAGUCAGUGGGUUUAGAAUGUUAAGGGACCUACAAGACAGCAAAACUCAGCAGAUGACAAUAAUUCCUGAUGGUGGUGUCAAUAGAAAGAAGAGUGUGGAAGAAGAACACAGUGAGAAAGGACAUUGUUUGACUGAGGAGAGUAUAAACAGAGGGUUGAUACAAAAAAGGAAAUCAGAGAGAGGCUCUAUAAAAAGAGCAGAAGCACACAGCCAGAGUGACCUGUCUGACCCAGAGGAGCAAACUUCUCCAACAGAGAAGUACUCCGCUGCUUCCCUAUGCAGCAUCACCACAGAGGUUCUCAAGGUCCUGAAUGCCACAGAGGAAUUAAUUGGGGAGGCUGAAGGCAAAGGUCAUGACCCCCUUGAAUCCCCUAAUGUGACACCACUUUCUUCUGGCUCAGACAACAAAAAACUGGACCACCAUCUUACCAAGAUGGAAGAGAACGUGUACUUGGCAGCAGGUACUGUGUAUGGCCUGGAGGAGGCACUAAGUGAUCUGGAGGAAUGUGCUCGCAGCAUCAGCAGUUCCACUACUGAAAACGAACUGGCCUUCCUGGAGGAUCAGGUGGCUACUGCAGCUGCUCAGGUGCAGCAGUCCGAGCUACAGAUCUCAGACAUUGAGGCAAGAAUAUCAGCACUUAAAAAUGCUGGCCUGAAUGUGUCAGUGUGCUCACGGUUUCCCAGGCUUAAGCCACAGACUUUGGAUUCCUCACGUCAGCAGAGAAGAAAGCUGCCUGCUCCACCUGCCGUAGAGAAGUCUGAGUCGAGAUCAUUGCAGCCAUGAUAGUAACAGAAACAACCUCCAUCCUGAUCUGUGAACCUCAACCUCAUCUAGCUCCAACUUGUCAUUUCCGCCUACUGACCGAAAGGCCAACACCAGUGCCUUGUUCCAAAUAUCUUUUCCUAUUCAACUCCUCAGCCAUCUCUCAGUCUCACACGAAUAUACCAAUAAGGAAGAAGGCGUGUUGUUUUGGCUUCUAUGAAUACAGUUCCCAUUUUACCCCUCAUACCUCAACCUGAAUCAUGUUGGGAUUUACAGUUGUUUUUUUUUUUCACUUUUUCAUUUUCUUUUGCCACAAACUCUUCUUUCACUGUUGGAUCUCUGUCCAGACGCCUGAACAUUUGUAACCAAACAAUAGAAUUUCACUACACUUCUGUAGCUUCGGCUCCCAGGGACUCACUCUUUUUGCCUUAAAGGAGUCCACAGCUCCUGUACAAACCAUUACAGAGAGUAUAUUCACAGAGAUGACAAAUACAUAGAGUUCUAUAUAUAUAUGAUUUUUGUAAAUGUCACAGUGUUGAAUAUUCUGGAAAUCCCUUGCUGAAGUGUUAUAGGUGUUUCAGUUCUGGUUCUGUGUGGUGACAAUGUGUCAAACAACUAUUGGGUAUGUUUUGUGUUCCCAAAAGUGGCCAAACCUUUUUGCUAAAAAUGUUAAAUGUGUUAAAUGUGUUAAAUGGUGGAACAAAAUAAUACUACUGCAGGACAUUUUUGAAGAAGACAUGUAUAAUUUUAUGAUUUUUGUUUUAUUUACAUCUAGUUAUGUAACACUUGUGUGGAUAGUGAUAAUUGAGGCUAAGGGGAAAGGGGAAUGCAUUCAAAACAAUUAUUUAAAAAAAAUAUUUAAACCCCUUCUUUCAUUGUUAGAUAAUUGUUCAGAUAGUAUUGAUCAUUUGACCUUUUACUAAGUGUGUGUUGUCAGUCAUGUGCAUGCUGUGAUACAGUGUCUAUUUUCCGGAUCAGUAUGGAAGGCUACACUUCCACAAACAGGCACAUACAUAUAUGCACUUGUGCAUCCACCUACCCCGAUCUAUAUGUGUGUGUGUGUGUGUGUGUGACCAGCAUAUUUUACCUGUGCCCAAAUCAGAUUGGACUCUCAAGUGAUCUACUGUAAGUGUGUGUAUGCCAAAUAUCAGAUCAUAUUAGAAGCAUGGUUAUAUGGUUAAAGAGUGCUGUUGACUUUGCUGCCACAAUAUUCUCAUCCCAGUGACCCAGAGCAGUGUUCAGAUGUGUUUAAACUGCAAAAUUACCCUUAUUACAGUCCUGAUUGUGUGGACAGUGGAUAAUUACAUUCCACACUGAUACAUACCACUAAGAAACUUGGUCAAUAAAUCUAUAUACGUAGAGUUUGAUUUUACAAGUCAAUUAGUCAGUAUGUACAUAAAUUUAAAUAGAAUUGCUCCAGCUUAGACAGUGCAUUAGUACUGUAUUCAUUUUAAAGAUAAAUAUGUCCUUUUUUGUUCCAUAUCUAAAUACAGCACAUUGCAUUUACUUGCUUUGCAGUUUCUAGUUUGAAUCAGAGUGCAUAAUAAUUCCGGCAUUAUUCAGAAGCUGUGGAACAAAGGGUUAGGACCUUGCUCAAAGGACCUUGGUAAAGGACCUUGCUCAAAGUCCCAAAAGUAGCUGCUUGGUCAUAAUUAUUAGAAUUAAAUUUCAAUUAUAGUCUUCAGGAGAGAAAAAUAACAUGACAAUUCGCAUAUCAUACUACAUUAUUAAAAGAAAACCGUUAGGGCUUCUGGAUAUGUAACUACUUCUUAGGACCAUAAAGAGGUUCUUGUAACCAUAUCUCAACCUUUUGAGGCUUGCACUUUAAAUAAAAUGAAGUAGAAUUUAAAAUUGCCCCCCACAAUUUCCGUAGUGAACUACAAAGCAACAAGCAACUGUUUUUUUUUUCUGUAAUCUGUGUUUGAGACAUAGAGCUGUGACUCAGUCAGCAAGUGAUUUUUAAUUAAAAUUUUCUUAAUUCCAUGCAAAUUGAAAAAAAAAAAUUAAAGCAAAGAAUGCAAAUGAUUGUCGCCUGUUAAUUCAUUAGAUCAGUAUUAUAGUGCAGGUUGUUUGAUCUACAGUAUGUUUUACCCAAAUACAACCAUAUUUGAAAGUAAAAAAUGAAAGAAUAAAGAAAUGUUAACAAAUUUUACAGCAAAGAGUACACUACCAUUUUGUACUAAGCCUUAACAUCCUGGAACAUCCUUAACAUCCAAGAAGCAUCAACUAUUGAGGUCACAAUGUAGUCAGUUCCCCAUGAAAUAGACUGCAAGCGACAUGAUCAAAUUUCACUUUAUAGUGUGAAUGCCAGGUAAAAUGUGGUUAGGAAGUUACAGUACAAUGCUAUAUAAAUACACACACUAUGAUAAACAUG